UUUUAAUUUAAACCAUUCUGAUAUUGAAUCGAUAAUGUCGUAUGUGAUACGAAACUAGUAAGGGGCUUAGGUGACUCCCAAAACGUGAAACAAAGAGACAUUAAAUUGUCAGGUCUAUCAUAUUGUAAUCAUAUCGCAACUGCAUGUAUGUUCAAUCGAGUCGCGUCGUUGCGUGUCACGGUGUACUAUAGUAUUAUCGCAUCGACAAAUGACGCAUGGAGCGAUUUGUCACUUGUCUGUAAUGUUAAUCGGUUUAAGCUUCUUAUGAUAUUCGUUGUAAUGUCAUUAACAACAAUGUUAAUGGAAGGAUUAAAAUUGCUUUAUUUCUACCCAAUUAUUGUUCUCUUCAACAUCGGGGUAUUGAAUAGCAUUGGUGGAGGUACUUACAUCGAUACAAGUACUGCUUCAGAUGUGUUUUUUGAAAUUAUAUAUCCACCGGAAUUGGAGUAUACAUAUAAAUUAAGGCCCGCGAAAGAUUUUGGAGCGCCAUUCAAUGCAAGUUUUUUGGAAGAAGGAAUCCCUUUAGUUCCAACUGACCCUCCUCAUGGCUGUCAAGUAGCAAAAAAUGCCAAAGAAUUAAAAGGUAGAAUUGCAUUAGUUGAGAGAGGAGACUGUAGUUUCUUUGCUAAAAGUAUAAUAGCUGAAAAAGCUGGGGCAAAAGCUGUAAUCAUAGCAGAUUUUCACCCAUCCUCUAUUAAAGAAUCAAUAACCAAUUCUUUAUGGACUGAGUAUUAUUAUAUAGACAUGAUACGAGACGAUACUAUUCCUUCAACAAAGACGGUAAACAUUCCUGCUGGAUUCUUGCUUGGUAGGAAUGGCAAAAUGAUCCGGCAAACUCUAAAACGAUUGAAUCAACCAUUUGCCUUAAUUAAUAUCCCAGUAAACUUCACUUAUUUGGAUAAAUUGCACCAACGCCCUUGGUUAUUUUGGUGAUUAUCAAUAAGAUUUUUCAUUGAUUUUCAUAUAAUGAAACAAACGUAUUGAUUUACAAAGAAUUAGAGUUUCAAAAGUACUAAAAACUAUGGGGUUACUUGUAAUCAAAGUAAUUAUAUGAACAAUUUAUUGUGCAUUGUACUUGUAAAAGAUAAGAAAUGCAAUCUUAUACAAUUUAUUAAUUAUUUUAUAAGAGAUUUAGUUUCUCUCUCUAGCCAUUUGAGUGCUUGAGCAUUUUCUGGCCCUUGUAAUAGAGGUUUUAGAGUAUUCAAACAUUUUGUAUGAUAAUCAUUUAGAUAUUGAAUCUGAAAAAAGAUUUGCAAUCAAUUAUCUUAAGGCGAUUAAUAUACAGAAAAUAAAUCGAAUCUAUACCUCAUUAUCUGUUAAUAAGGACACAUCAAGUAGCUUAGUCUGUAUAGGCACCAGUGUAACAGUUUCAAAUGUAAGAAAGCCACGAUUCUUAUGAUUGUAGGGUGUGUUUGCCUUUACUACCAAUUCUAUAUUUUCCAACCUAAUGCCAAAUUUCUCAUCCUCAUAGUAUCCUGGUUCUAAUAAUUUUACCACAUGUAAUGAUUAAUUAUUAGAAUAUAGAUAUGUACGUGUAAUGACAAACAAUACUUUAACUUUAUACCAUUUGAUAAAAACAUCCCAGGUUGUAAACCUGGAUCAUCAGGAUAUGGUUUCCAAGAAAUACCAAUUGGUCCUUCGUGAACAUUUAGAUACGAACCUAUCCCAUGUCCGGUACCGUGAAGAUAAUUAAGACUGUAAUUGUACAUUUAGAUAUAAAUAAAUAAUAUUUUCCAUUUUAUAAGCAAAA